CGGGAGAGCUGUUAAGUUCUAGAUGGGUGAAACAGAAUUAAAAAAAUAAUCCUAAUUUUAUUUACGUUUUCUGUGUCAUAAAUGUUUUACCUAGUUUUGUCUUGUUUAACUAUAUCACGUCACACUAUUACUGUAUUCCGCUGCCCUCAAACUCGCUUCUAAAGAACGCACGCGAAUGUCUUUGUGUAGACAGAACUAUCAUGAAGAGUGUGAAGCUGGUGUUAAUAAGCAAAUUAACAUGGAGCUGUACGCAAGCUAUGUUUAUAUGACUAUGGCUUUUCAUUUUAAUCGUGAUGAUGUUGCGCUGAACGGUUUUUAUAAAUUUUUCUUAAACGAGUCGGAAGAGGAGCGACAACAUGCCAUUAAGUUAAUGACUUAUCAAAACAUGCGGGGUGGUCGGAUUGUGUUACAAAAUAUAUCGGCACCUCCUCAACUUUCAUGGGAUUCGGGACUCCAUGCUAUGCAGGAUGCUCUUGAUUUAGAAAAAAAGGUCAAUCAGAGUCUGAUGGAUUUACUGGCUGUUGGUGAAAGACACAGAGAUACGCACUUUUGCGAAUUUAUCAACAAUGAAUAUUUGGAGACUCAGGUACAGUCUAUUAAAAAGCUUUCCGAUUACAUUACUAAUCUCAAUCGUGUGGGUACUGGUCUUGGAGAAUACACAUUCGACAAAGAAACUCUACAUGGCGAGAGUCAAUGAUUUUUUGUACCAGCAAAUUGUUGUAAACUGUUUUCGACCUACAAUCGAUUAUAUUUUGUAUAAUUUAAUGAUAUUUACUGAUUAAUUUAUGUAUUCUGAAGUUAAAUGUAUUAGGGUUUUGAUUGUUACCAAGUCAGGUUAAUAAUAACUUGUCGUUGAUGCUUUACGUGUGACGAAUACUAGUCGGUAUUUUCUAAAGAAG